AUGGAAGAAAGAGAGGCAAACGAAUCAACAUGCCUGUUGCGUUCCCAAGAUGGCCAUGAUUCAGCGCCCCAACCCGAAUCCUCGAUCGCCCCGAGUGCACGCCGCACAAUCCUCGUCGUGGCCGCAAUUCAAAUCGUUUUGAAUAUUGGAAGUUAUGUCAGCUUCGCGGCCCAACUAGCCAUAUUGCAGGGCAUCGUCUGCAAAGGUUACUAUGAACAAGGGCCACCUCUAUCCGGGGAUGAUGAUCGAUGCAAGGUGGACGCUGUACAGAGCGAAGUCGCCUUCAUUAACGGUUGGAAAGAUGUGUUUGAGAUGCUGCCAGCCAUUAUUCUGGCUGUUCCAUAUGGGGCUUUGGCAGACCGCAUUGGUCGCAAAAAGAUAUUUCUUCUCGCCAUUGUCGGCAUAGGUAUGAAUGACCUGUGGAUGCGAAUGAUCUUUUGGUUUUCCAACGUGUUCCCGGUUCGAGCGGUUUGGUUCGGCGGCUUGUGGCAAAUGAUAGGAGCCGGCGCUGCAUCUCUAUCAUCGAUUUCGCAUGUAAUGCUUGCCGAUGUUUGCCCAAGCGACCAAAGAACAACGGCCUUCUCGCAGCUUCAAUCGGCCAUUAUGAUUGCUCAAUUUAUCUUUGUUCCUAUAGGAGGCACAAUGGUAUCCAUCAACCCUUGGAUUCCUAUGCUCAUCUCUUCCGGGGUGACUGCUCUGGGUUUCCUUGGAGCGCUGAUCUUUCUACCAGAGACACUGCCACCAGCAGAGUGUGACGCCGGUAUUACUAGUGUCACUAACAACCACCAUGACAAUCAGCCAACAUCUACGGGCGCUAAGUAUGGCUUUCACAUUCGUUGGACGAACUUGGUGGCCAGCUCUGCCGCGAAAAUGACAUGGGCCAGGCAAAACGCACGGCUAGUUGUCGUGCUUGUAUGCUUCUUCUCAUGCAGCAUCGGACAACAAGCAAGUGGGUCUCUCCUUUUGCAGUACGCAUCGAAGCGUUUGAAUUGGUCUUUGGGCAAGGCUUCGUAUCUCGUGUCCCUUGGCGCAGGAAUCAACUUGAUUGUACACGCCAUCGGCAUUCCUGGUCUAUCUACUCUCCUGUUGUGGCAUCUCAAGCUGCACGAAAUAGCUAAGGACAAACGCAUUGCCCAAAUCAGUGGCUUUUUCCUCGUUCUUGGGACAAGUAUCAUCUUCGCUGCAGGAUCUUGGACUAUGCUUGUUCUUGGUCAAGUACUAUAUAGUAUGGGACUGGCGUUCAGUGUCCCCGCGCGAAGUAUAGUAACAAGCAUGGUCGAGAAGAGGCAUCUCGCAGCACUUUAUACGACAAUCUCGGUCCUGCGAUAUAGUGGGAUGCUCACUGGUGGGCCAUUGUUUGCUGGCGCGUUUAGCUGGGGACUCCGUCAAGGCGGGCUGUGGAUCGGGAUGCCAUAUUUAUUAGCUUGCGGCUGUUUUGCAUUAGCAUUACUGACAGUUUCGACGGCGCCCACGGCGGGUAAAGUGCCACGUGCGGUAGGGGGUGAAGAUGGAGACGACAUGGAUUCAAGGGACCCCUAG